GUCCGCCGACGGAGAAUGGAUAGGCGUUGAGGAGAGGGAAGGCUUUUUAAUAACACGGCAUUGAUUUUGGGGGACGUGUGCACGUCUGUGUGUGUACGUGCGUGUCACCGAAGGCGAAGGAGCUGAAAUCAUCCGCCCCUCCCUCCUCUGACAACCCCCGUUCAGUCAAACGUCGACCGGCUCAGAUCUGUCCGGACGGGGCCGCCGACCCGGUCUCCCACAGAUUAGCCCCAGCGGAAAAGCGUGGGAACACGGGGCCCCCCUCGUCUCGAUCGGCGAGCGGCAGAGGGGCCGGCGGCAUCGAAGCCGCAGCGCGGAUAUCCUCGGCCAUCCCGGGAUCCGGGGGUGUGAGGUGGAAGGCCGCGGCUCCCGUCCGGGCUCGGUCCUAGAGGAGGAGAGGCCUUGGCCCCCGUCCAGCCGCCUGGAAGUUCGGGGGAGAUUUGCUCCCCCUUCCUCCCGGAGAGACGGUCGAAGCGGAGGAUUAAACAUGUUUGGAAAUUAUCCUCGCUUGACCAAGUUUUCUGCGGGUUUUGGUGAUUCUUCAGCCCCCGCCAGCUCAACGUCCUCGAUCCCGGAGACGGUACUGACCCCGGGAAGACCCACGGACGUCCUCCCUGGCUUCAUCGAGGCUCCAAGCGGGACUGGCGGGUCGGAGGACGUGAAGCCUUCGCCGGGACUGUCCGGCCUGGGGCCGGUGAGCUGCCCGUCCGCCAGCCCGGGCCUCCUGGCUAAGCACAUCUGUGCCAUCUGCGGCGACAGAGCCUCAGGGAAGCAUUAUGGGGUGCACAGCUGUGAAGGCUGCAAGGGGUUCUUCAAGCGUACCAUCCGGAAGGACCUGGUGUACACGUGCCGGGACAGCAAGGACUGCUUCAUCGACCGGCGCCAGCGCAAUCGCUGCCAGUUCUGCCGUUACCACAAGUGCCUGAGCAAGGGCAUGAAGCGUGAGGCGGUGCAGGAGGAGAGGCAGCGGAGCCGGGAGCCCGGAGCGGAGCCCACGGGCACCGGCCACGAGGACAUGCCGGUGGAGAGGAUCCUGGAAGCAGAGCUGGCCGUCGAGCCCAAGAUGGAGCCGGAGACGGACCGGGAUCAGAAUCCCCAGAAUUCGACCAACGACCCCGUCACCAACAUCUGCCACGCGGCCGACAAGCAGCUCUUCACUCUGGUGGAAUGGGCCAAGCGGAUCCCCCACUUCUCCGACCUGGCCCUGGAGGACCAGGUCAUUCUGCUCCGGGCCGGCUGGAAUGAACUCCUGAUCGCCUCCUUCUCCCACCGCUCGGUGUUUGUGCAGGACGGCAUCCUCCUGGCCACCGGCCUGCACGUGCAUCGCAACAGUGCUCACAGCGCCGGCGUCGGCUCCAUCUUCGACAGGGUCCUGACGGAGCUGGUGUCCAAGAUGAAGGGCAUGAGGAUGGAUAAGUCGGAGCUGGGGUGUCUCCGAGCCAUCGUGCUCUUUAACCCGGACGCUAAAGGCCUGUCCAGCCCCUUGGAGGUGGAGUCCCUGAGGGAGAAAGUUUACGCUACGCUCGAAGGAUACACCAAGCAGAAAUACCCCAGCCAGCCGGGCCGGUUUGCCAAGCUCCUGCUCCGCCUGCCGGCCCUGCGCUCCAUCGGCCUCAAGUGCCUGGAGCACCUGUUCUUCUUCAAGCUCAUCGGCGACACGCCCAUCGACACCUUCCUCAUGGAGAUGCUGGAGACCCCGCUCCGCCUCACCUGACUCGCCGCCGAUGCCCCUUCCCCCUCCAGGCCAUCUGACUGCCCUCCAUCCCUUCCUCCUCCGCUGUCCCUUCCCCCUCCAGGCCACCUGAUUGCCCACCGUCCCUUCCCGCUCCAGGUCACCUGACUGCCCUCCAUCCCUUCCCGCUCCAGGUCGCCUGAUUGUCUGUUGCCCUUUCCCACGCCGGGUCACCUGUCUACCCUCCAUCCCUUCCCGCUUCAGGUCACCUGAUUGUCUGUUGCCCUUUCCCGCUUCGGUUCACCUGAUCGUCUCCUUCCCCUUCCCGCUCCAGGUCACCUGACUGUCCUCCAUCCCUUCCCGCUCCACAUCACCUGACUCCCCACUGCCCCUUCCCACUCCAGAUCGCUUGAUUACCCACUGUCCCUUCACAUUCCAGGUCAAUGCCCUCCCCCCCACCGCUCCAGGUCACCUGAUUGUCCGUUACCCCUUCCCUCUCCAGGUCACCCGACUGCCCACCGCCCGUGUCACCUGCCUGCACCCCACCCUUUCCUGUCCCGUCCCCCCCGACUCUCUCCCACCCCCUGGGGUCCACUGGGUCCACCGCCCGACAACGGCGGCGCGGUGCUCCGGGAGGAGAAAUACCCAGCGUAAGGCCCUGGGGCUUCCUCCCCGUCUUCUCCCCCCAACCCCUCGUUCCCAACCCACUGUGGCUGCCUGCCUUCAGUCGAGAAGCCUCUUCCCGCACCCGAGACCUUCGAGGUAAAGUUUUGUACAGGUUGGAGGUCCUCCACGAUGGUGGGAGAGUGUGGAGGGGGAACCCUCCGGCCAAACCCUCUGUACAAAGAAUCAGUUUGAAUUAUUUUUUCACUUGCCACAGAAAAAGCCAAAUGAAUAAAAAAAUGAUAAAAUCAUAGAUGAGA